AUGCUUGUUGAUAUCGAAACGGAUAUCCCCUGACUCUUAAAUGCAACUUUACUUGAAAAUGUUCCUGAUACAGCAGUUUACCAAAUGCAUAGUUCUUAUCUCACUGUGGACAUCAUAUUUGACAGCUGAAGAUUUCUAUUGCCCUGAUAUUCCAAACUUAAAUAAGUCACGGCUAGAACGUGUAAACUACACCCAAUAUGAUCUUGUUAAGGAAGGCGUUUUCGUGGCAAGUGCGAAACAAAUACUAUUCAAAACUAAAGGAAAACAUAAUGCACACAUAUUACUGCAAAAAGAGCCGGAAGAUUUUUUAACAAAUGUAUAUGAAGUUGUGCUCGGAGCAGAUCGAAACACAAUAUCGUACUUGCGGUUACAUCAGCACGGACAAAGACUCGAUGCCUUAAAGACAUCAGGUAUCCUUAAUGAGACAGAAUAUAGGUCGUUUUGGAUAACAUGGAAUUCCAUAUUGGCGAUUGGGCAAGGAACUAGGAUUGAUAUCAACAGCAUCAUUUUGUUAACACGUCUGGAUUUUCCAAUCAAUUCGAUGCGAAUCAGUUAUGGAUGGGGCAGUGACGGCUUCUUCAGAUUUCAUGAUAAAUCGGAUAAUGCUACAAGCCCUCGAACAACGACACCGAGAAGAGAAACGUCUGAUCAUCAAUCAACCCAGAAGGCUUUAAGUGAUUCUUUGCAGGACAAACAUUCCUCUAUUGUGAUUGCGCUUGCCACAUCAACCGGUUGUCUUGGCUUUAUACUUCUGUCAACAUUACUUGGGGUUUGCUUUUUAUGGAACAAAAGGAAAGCAACUGGAAUGGGGACUCAUUCACAGGCAAAUCCAGUUGGUGGAGAACAUUACGAAGGGUUGCGAGGAAGGGAACAGAAUUCAGUAUACCAACAUUACGCGACAUUGUCAGUUUAACAAUAUAUAUAUGACAGAUUCAUAAAACCUGGAAGGCAACAUAGUAAGGAACAUUACGCUACUGUGUCAGAUAACAACAUAUAUGACAGAUGACAACUUCGUUAUAUUCCAUUAUCUAGUUUUGUAACAAUGGCUAGCUUUAUACGUUAUAUUGUAUACUAAUAUAAAAGAGUCCUUAAAAUAUUCCAAUUUGAGAAACGGUUGAACGUCUUAUCUCUCUUGUAUUUAUAGUUUAAACUUAUUUCCUUAGCUCGAUUGUGACGAAAGCUGAUAUCUUUUAUAAUUAAUCUGGAGUCCGGGACAUGGACAGAAGCCAGCAAUGGUGUCCAUUUGAGAGAGUCCAUGAACAAGUAUCUCUAUAGAUGCUUAAACAUACAACCUGUCUUGUAAAUGUAUUCCCUAGCUGGUAUUGAUAUGUUUUAUAUGUGUAUUACUUUAAACCAAUUUUGUAAGAUGCACUAUGCCAAAAUAGAAUGUGGCAAAUCAUAAGGAUUGCUAAAGAAUACUUAAAGCUGGAACCCUCCCGCUAAUGUUAUUAUUUGCUCAAAUUUCGUCUUUGAAGACAACAUUUUUUAAUUGGCGUUAAUAACGGCUAUAAAGGAUUCUUUGUUACGUGAUUGGUUGAUUGACAUUAUCACGUGAUGUUAUCAAUGUAUUGUUCAAAGAACAAAAUAUCCAUUACUUUUGCUCCUGUUGGCUUAGUGGUAAAGGCUUAUGUUUUCUAUUUAUUUUUUAACUUUACCGCCGUGGGUUCGCACCCAGCUAAUACAUUUUUUUUUGUUAUAAUUGUAUUUUUUUCUGCAAUUUCAAUAUCAAAGAGUACAAGGAUGAAAAAAUAAGUGUUUUCAGAUGCAUGACCGGAAAAGCUAUUUUUCGUCCAAAACAUGAGCAUGUCCCUUUAAGCACUCGUGUUAUCACACAUUAUUUACACACUCAUGUUUAUAAUAUUUUUUUAAUUAUUAUGCGUGUGUUUUCAAUGAACAUGCUGUACAUAAUGUUUGUAUCUAAAUACAUGGUCUGUUCUGUAUUGUUAAGUUAUUAUGUGUAGUUUAAAAUUAACAUAAUUUGUACAUGCCUGGACCUAAAUAAUUGCUCUGUUCUUUUUUGUAAUAUUGUAUGUGACUUUGGGAUAUAUUAGAACAACAUAUUGUAAUUCAAAAGGUUUUUUAGGACAUUUUUGGAGUAAGACUUUAUGAUUCGUAUAACAGUUUGUGCAUGUGGUGAUGUGCAUAUAAGUCAGUGCUUAGGUCCGGCCACGAUAGUGAAUAAUGCAAAGGCGGUGUAUGGUGCUCUUAAAAAAAAUGGUAAAUGAUGUCAUUUAUCCCUUUGCACAAAAAUAACUUAUAUUGUUAGACUGCUCACUACAUGUCGCUGUACAAUCUAGCU